CACUCGGCCUAUCAUGUUAUACAUGUAUACUAUUAAUAUCGUCACAAUCGCAAACAAACGGUAAACCACCUAAACCCUCGCUGAUUGUCAAACCACACACUAUAAAUAAUAAUUAUAUCAUAAAUCGUAGUAAAUAUUAAUAUUAUUAUGUAAUAUAAUAUAAAUAAUAAGUCAUAACUAUUAGAUAUCUACAAUAUACUACCUAUAUGUAUCGUAUGAAUCGCGACUAUAUAGCAUCGUCUUUAGGUAUACUCUGUAUAGAGAUCGGCGGCGGCGACGUCGUCGCUUGUCCAACAUAAAAACUUUGAGAAAAGUCGCACGGCGGUUAUUUUGACGACGACGCGUGUUCACCGCCCGUGGCCUUGGAUUGCCGCGCGCGAACGCAGCUUUGUGCGCGCCGCCUCUUCCUAUACUUGCCCGCCCGGUCGGCGACAACCGCGACCGCGGUACAUUAUUACUACCGGCGAGCUCGACACACGGCACCGGGUCGUGACCGCGUUCCGAGACCAGAACAUUAUCGGAAAAGCACCGCGCGGUCGCCUCCGCCAUGGAGGCCAUCGGACACAAACUCUUUCAGCUCGGCGACCCCGAGGGAAAGGGGUUCAUCGUGAGGCGAGAUAUGCAAAAAUUAAAAGACGAGCUCUCGAUGACCCCGGAGCAAUUGGAAAUCGUAUUUGAUACACUGGAUGUGGAACAAAAAGGUUACCUCACACUCAGUCAAUUUUUGGAAAAGUUCAAAGACACUGCACCAAUGAAUAUCCGGAAUAAUCGAUGGAAGGAGCAGCAAAAUAUCGUUUCUUUCAAAUGUUCUUACACGGAAGACAUCCAAACACUUUUGCAAACAAUCAAAGACACGAACAUGAUAAAACUGAGCAUAGGGCAUUUAGAGAACAUAUGCAAGGCAGCCUCUCAAAUGGAACCAGACAGUGCGGUAUCGGUGGGCCGUAUCGAAGCGUUUCUCAGGGCGCUCAACAUUGACCUAGUAAAGAUCGUCGAACGUGACAGGGAGCUGGAAGAGAUGCUGCAGAGCCGUGAGAUCCAACACCAAAACAACAUGCAAAAACUUUUCGAAGAACUCGAAUCGCAUUUCCGUGAAGAGCAAGAAAAGACCAAACUCGAAGACCAAAGAAAAUUCCGGUCAGAACUAACAGCGUUGGAAAACGAACUGGCCGACAAGGAGGAUAGGUUCCGUGCCGCCGUGUCCACUAGACAGGAAUUCGCAGGACAGCUAGUGGCGGCCCAACAACGUGAACUGGCGGUUAUGGCGGAAAACGCUAAACUUAUCGAAACCCGUGAAAGGCUAUUGAAUGAUUUGGACGCGGAACGGACCAAAACCUGUCGGCUAGAGGAAAUCAUCGAGAGGACCAAUGUGGAGUCUGCCGCGGACAACGAGAAACACUUCAAACAAGGGUUCUACGUUGCGAAAAAUUUGGUCUCCAUGAAAGAAGAAGGACUUUUACAACAGUUAGAAAUCCUCCAGGACAUGAAAAACGUCCUGUUGAACUGACACACAGGCGGCUUCAUCGUCUCCGACAUAGGUACUCAACCCAAAUUGUACUAUUGAUAAAUCAUAAUAUGCCUAAUAACACGCAUUUACAGACUAUAUUGUAUAGUGAUGCAACAUCGACAAUAAUACAUCAUCAUUAUUAUAUUUUAAUUAUUAUUAUUAUUAUUAUUAUUAUUAUUAUUAUGUAUUGUUACUACAUUUGAAUUUGUGCAUCAGCCACAAAGUUAUUCUACCUUACAUUAGGCUAACAUUGUAUUUACAUUAAAUUAGUUUAUACAUUACAA